AUGUACUCGCCAACUGUUCCAGAACGUGUACAAUACUACGACCGUAGCAUCAUGCUUAUGGAUCGCCUCGCAGCAAUCUCACAGCGGAACCAUCGAAGGUGCCCCCUCCUCCGUCUACCAGCAGAGCUUCGCAAUAAAAUAUACGAAUACGUUUUCCUCUCCCACCCUGUCCGCCCCUUCCGCGAGCAUAGGGAGUGGCCCCAUUGGGCAUACCCUAGGUCGCAGUUGAACCUACUUGAGACGUGUCGUCAAAUCUACUUUGAAGCCAAGCUCUUCCCAUUCGCCCUCAAUGUCUUCGUCGGCUACGCAGAGCAAGUCAUCGAGUUGUUGCUUACAACAUUCACGGCUUCUCAGACCAACACCAUAUCUACUGUGCGACUAUAUGUUGACGCCUUCGGAGUCUAUAGAGACGGUAAACUCCCAGAGAUCGGACUCAAUGCCUGGUUUAUCGAAGAACUGGGGGAUAUGUGUCAGCUCGUUAGCCUAAGCGAGGUGACACUGAUCUGGUUUGGCAGUGACAUUGAAGUUGUCAGAGAGCAUUUGGAGAUGGCUGUGUUGUCGAUUUUCAAGGAAGCCGGUCGAGCAGACAUUAAGAUUUCGGUGCGGUACUUUGACUGAGGUAUUAAGAUUGGGGGAUUGAGAAGGGGAAACUCAAG